CAACCCCUUUAAUGCCAGUGAGACCGGGAAGCACCUGGAUGACUCAGAGACCGUUGAUGUUCAACCCGCCUCCCCAAAUCAGGAGCCUCAUACUCUACCUUCACUUGGUGCUGAGGUGUGGGAGAAACAGGAGGAAGGGACUGACUUCUCUGCAAAAGACAGAAUGUUCUUCCAUCAAAAUGCAGACAAUAAAUCACCUGCAAGCGUGGAACUGUCUGCUGUGGAUGACAAAGUCUGGCGAACACAGGGGGUGGAGCCAGGUGAGAAUGCAGAGCCACUGAAGGAUGAAGAGAGAGACUUGUGGCGAUUGGCUGAGAAUCACAUGCCUGUCAAACAAGGCAGCCUUGAAAAGGAGAGCCAUCUGCCUGAAGAUCCAUCUGUGCCUGCAGCAUCCAAGGACUGCAAAGAUGCUCUGAUGACCAUGGUGUUGGAAACAGGCUCCCAACAGGAGCUCAGUGAUUUUUCCCACAAUGGGAUGAUCGUGCCCGAUAUUUCCAAGACACGUCCACUGGCAUUUCCGGUGAACAGUAAUGAGGUCAUGGCAGAAGUUGCAACAGAAAGUGUCAAACCCUCCCAUGGUAAAGAGUUGGGCCCAAGCCCUGACAGUGCCCACAUGUGGAACCCCUUUGUCCAGAUGACACAGCCGGCUGAAACCUAUGACAACUGGAACCCAAAUCUGCCCGUCUCGGAUGAGUGGAACGCCGGAAUGCUGGGGGACCUCCAGCUGACCCCACCCGAGGAGGAUGCACCCUUCAAAUCCCUGAGUGUGGGGGAACCCAUUCCUCAAAAAGCCCCUGCCAGGCUGGUCGGAAAGAUCCCACUCACCCCCGAGACCUCGAAGGAAGAUACGUCCCCAGAACAGGACUUCUGGAGCUACUCGGCUCAGAGGGGGCUCCUGAAGGAAACUGCUGCCCCUUACCCAGAAUCCCUUGGGUUGUGGAAUACCACCAUCCGGGAUGACAGCCAGUCCACCCUCAGCACCCCAGAUGGACCUGACUCCUCUGAACGCUCAGACUCGUUUCAGGGUCCCCCCAGACCUGGGGCAUCCCUAGACAGCCCAGGGGAGAGUGCCCAGGAGAGCAUGGGUAUGUGGAACACCACCAUCCAGGAGGCCAGCCCUGAGAGCGGGGUUCAUGCCCCCCAUGAGGCAGUUAGGCUGACCAAAGUGGAGGAGCUGAACACAGAAACAAGGAUCGCUGAGCCAGGUGAGUCAAGUGACACUCAGGUGACCUGGAAGCUUGAUAAAACUCUGGCACAGCUCAGCGACUAUAGCCAUGCCCAGGAUGACAAUGUCGCAACCAAGAUCCAAGGCUUCCCAGAUCAUCUGUCAGUAGAACCUUCUGCUUGGACCAAUAAGCCUUCACCUGGCAGCAUGGUGAAGUCGGUCUCGGAGUAUGACAACGUGGGCCCUGGAUCGCUGUGGUACCAGACCUCGCCUGAGCUUGAGGCCUGCCAUGAGGUGAGCUUGUCCACAGAUCCUGAGGAUUCAGUGGAGUUCACUGAAGAGUGCCACUCUGUGGCAGCCCACAGCGGUACACCAGGGUUUCAGGCCCCAGCCAACACCCUCCAGGAUCGCGUUGAUGAUUCCACAGAUGAGUCCAGCUGCCAUUCCCCAUUUGUGCUGCUGGGCAUCACGCCACCACUGGGGGGCGCUGCAUUUCCUCAUAACCAGCAGGAGGACACGCCGCUUUCUGCUUCUCCUUUAUGUGAUGAGUUCCCCCAAACGCCACACAAGCAGCAUGAUGGUGAGACUGCACUCUCCAGCGCCCUUUCUGGUGAAGACAGGUAUUCUGACUUUUCCUCUCUGGGGAAGUUGGAGAAGGUGAAGCUACCAGCCAAAGAAGCUGAGUAUGAGGGAUAUUUGGACGCUCCACAUGAGGCAGGACUGACACCAGACUCCGCUCCGUCACUGGUAGCUUCGGCUAGCCCAGGGUGGAGGGAAGCCGACUCCCUGGAAGGUAGCAAGGCCAGCCCUGACCCACUGCAGAGAAGCAGCCGGGAGGACCUGAGGUCCAACUCUGAUGGCGACUCGUCAGGUCUGGAGAUGGAUUACAUCAUGGUUUCAGGCAGGGGGACUGUCAGAGAGGCUGCCGACAUCGGCCUUACGUAUGACCAAGCACACUUACCACGUACAUGCCUUACUAACCAUGAUAGUGCUGAUCAAAUCACCCCUUACGAGUCAAACACUGAUGCGUACAGCCCUGACCAAUCAGACAAUGAUAAAAUUGACACUUGUCUAUCAAACGCUGAUGCAUUCAGACCUUACCAAUCAAAUACUGAUGUAAUCAUACAUCACAACUCAAGCACUGAUAUAAAUAGCCCAGAGGAAUCAAAUACUGAUUUCAAAGGAGCCAACCAAUUAAACCAAUAUGCAAUGAGUCCUCACCAAACAAACACAGAUGCACAUAGACCUUACCAAUUAAAUAUUGCUUUGAACAGCUGCAACCAAUCAAACACUGAUUCGCUCAAUCCUUACCAAUCAAACACUGAGACACAAAGACCUCACCAAUCAAACAAUGAUGCAACCAGCUCUGACCAAUCUAGGAUAGAUGCAGUCAGACCUUACCAGACAAAUAUAGAUUUAAACAGCCCUGAGCAGUUACACCUAUAUGCACACAGACCUGACCGAUCAAGCAUUAAUGCGACCAGCCUUUACCCUACAAACACAGAUGUUGUCAGUCCUUAUGAAUCAAACCUUGAUGUAAUUGACCCUAACAAAUCAAGUACUGAUGCUUACUGUGCCUGUCAACCAAAUAUGGAGGAGCACAUUCCUGAUAAGUUAAGCCCCGAUGAAAGCAACCUUUACCAGUUAAACAAAGAUCUAAGCAGCCUGCUCCAAUCAAACACAGAUCUAAACAUCCCUGACCAAACUACUGUGAAAUUAAACAGCUCUGACCGAAGGUACACGGGUGUAGAUCACCAAUCAGAUGAAAGCUUGAGCAGUGAAUCAGAGGUGCAUGUAUGCAAGUCGAACACAGUAUCUACAGUGGGUAGAAACAGCCCUCACCAAUCAGUCAGCGAUUACCAAAGGAUCCCAGAUAUGGGCAGCAGCUCUGCAGUCAGGGAGCCCUUUGGUCAAAGAGCCAAAGAGGAGAUCUUCGUCAGGUCCCAGGUUUCCCUGGAGGGGCGAACCCCAGGCGGGCCACAGGGCGGUCCAGAAGAAUCCCCCUCACCUGCCGACAGCUCGGGCACAGCCGACACCCCGCAGAGCGAUUCUGGGGGUUCGAUGAGGGAAGUGGGCUCGCCGUUCGCCGGCGACCUCACAGGGGAUGCAGACGGGUUCUUCCUGCACCAGCCCGGGCUGCCCUGCGGCGCUGGGGACCAGAGCAGAGGCCCCGGUCUCACGGUCCUGGGCCCAGACUGCGCUGGGUUACGGCGGGGAGCGGAGGAGCCAGUGGCAGGCCACCUUCUUCAAGACCGAGGAAAACACCCAGAGGAACAGCCAAUGGGAGACCAGCUUUGGCCAGGGUUGAAGGAGGACCCAGCGGAACAACCACUAGCAGACCAGCUUUGGCCAGGGGUGAGGGAGCUCCCAGGAGGACAGCCAACAGGAGAGACAGUAGAAGAAGAGUCACCUGAACCAGCCAAGGAAUCUGGGGGUUUGUGGACUCAGAAAUGCAGUACUAAUGUCAUCGUCAUGGUGACGGAGCCCGAACACACCCAGGAUGUCUCUCCAAGGUCUGCACUGGAUGAUGGGAUGGACCCGUAUGAAGAGGACAGCAUAAGUCCCGACGGAGCUGAUAAUAGACCAGCACCCCCCUCCUCUCUGGACCUCCCUGGGGGGAACCCCCAGAGGAAGAAGCUGUCAGCUCCAGAGAUAAACCUGUCCCUGGACCACAGCGAGGGCUCCAUCUUGUCGGACGAUGCGCUGGACACGGGCGAUGACCUGGACACGGGCGAUGACCUGGACAUCAACGUGGAUGAGCUGGACACGCCCGACGAGGCCGACUCGCUGGAGUACACCGGCCACAACUCUGAGCUGGAGUGGCAGGGAUCCCAGGCAGCUGGUCCAGAGGCACCCCUGGAGGCCCAGGCUAUCCCAGAGUACACUGCAGAGGAGGAGCGGCAGGAUUCCCGGCUCUGGAGGACCGUGGUCAUUGGAGAGCAGGAACACCGCAUAGACAUGCAGAGCAUCGAGGCCUACCAGAAGGUCAUCUCCCACGGAGGUUACUAUGGAGACGUCAACGCCAUCAUCGUCUUCGCCGCGUGCUUCCUCCCGGACAGCGGCAAGGAGGACUAUCAUUACAUCAUGGAGAACCUCUUUCUGUAUGUGAUCAGUACACUGGAGCUGAUGGUGGCGGAGGACUAUAUGAUUGUGUACCUGAAUGGAGCCACGCCCAGGAGGAGAAUGCCAGGACUGCGCUGGCUAAAGAAGUGCUACCACAUGAUAGACAGGAGACUGAAGAAGAAUCUUAAAUCCUUUAUCAUCGUUCACCCCUCCUGGUUCAUCAGGACCAUCCUGGCAGUCACCAGACCAUUUAUCAGCUCCAAGUUCAGCAGUAAGAUUAAAUAUGUGAACAGCCUAGAUGAACUUCGCCAGAUCAUCCCCAUGGAGUAUGUGCACAUUCCCGAGAGCAUAGUCAAGUACGAAGAGGAAAGGGGCGUUAAGCCGUUUGUAUGCAUGAGACUGGAUGAAGAGCUGAAAGAGCAAGCGGAGGCCGCAAAGUACAGCAGUUUCCUAAAUGGUGGAGAGGCAGCAGCAGGGGCUUCGCAAAUCGAUAGGGCAGUCAACAGCAGCGAUUCCUAGAGGCAGCUCCCUCCAGACGCAGAGACCCCUGGCGUACCAACACUCUUUAGCUCCACAGCCCUCUGUAGCAUACUGUGGUACAGUAGAUAUUAAGUACCAGGUACCUGUUAAAUAUGUUGAGUCAUGAUAAUUCACUGUAAUGAUAAAUCGUAUCAAACCCGCAAUUGCUUAUCUUUUUUUUUUAUUUGAACUGACCUGUGAAUAUAAAAAUCGACGUUUUUCAAUAUUUUGAAUCGAUAAACCGAUUUAUUUUGGUUUCGACAUGUCAUUGAAUCAUUUUAUGAACCAGAUAUUGCGAGUGACUUAGGCCACGCCCAUGUCCACGAAUGGCCUGUUGACUGACAGACUGAUUUAUGACAGUGUAAAUAGUGCUCCGCACCAAAAAAAAAAUUUAACUUCUGAAGCGACUCACAGGCAUGCUAGCACUAUUGUCACUAUUCUCAGCCUGUGCAUAUUUCAUGUAACGCAUGCUACACAAUGCUACAGUUGUUUCUCCCAUCUCACUUUGGAAAAGCACCAGAGAUCUUUUUUUUUUUACUGGAAUUUUAAAAAGUUUACAUUUUCAACCAAUCUCUCAUCUGGUGAACUGCCACUUGUUGUUGUAAGAAUCAUCAUUGAAAGUCAGUUUCAUCAUAGUCACAUUGUGUCCUGCAGAAAACCCUGCUUUGAGGAUAUACAUUUGUCACCCCUCUCGGAAAUGUAGCAGUCACAAGUUCACAAGGAAGCAUACUUCAUCAGACACCACAUUAAAAUUCAUAUUUAUAUUGCGAUGAAACAUUCGCACAUGCAUACUGUAUAUGCCACUGCAUGCCCUAGAUGUGUAGCAGUUUUUGUAGCAAAUGAUUUAAAGGUGCGGCUUAGUUACAGUGUGAGCAGGUGUCAGUUUCACCUCAUGGUGGUGGGCCCCACUUUCCCUAAAAGACCUUCCGAGUCGCACAUAUCACACAAGUCCAGGGGUGAGUUUUACAACGGUUGAUUACCAUCCAAACAAUACGGAGUUUAAAAAAGAGAUAAACGUGAACAGGAAUGAGCUAUUUACAAAUAUGCAAGAUGUGUGUAUGUGUGUGUGCCUGUGUGUGUGAGUGUGUGUGUGCACCUUAAGCUCCUGUCAUUGUGUGGGUACAUUGGCUUCUCUGAGAUUAUUGUGUCAAAGGCCCCUCACUUCAGAUACGCAGUACAUAAAGAAACAUGCAUAACUACUGAUUCACAUGGUUUAGUCCAGGUGUAUCCAGUCUUGCCCUGACAAGCCCAGUGUGGUUGAAAGGCCCACCACACCAAGAACUACAGCUAUAAUGAUAACAGUAACGAUAACCACGUGAGCAUCCACACUGCUGAACGAUAACGUUCUGUAAAUAGUUCUUGGCUAUGACGUCUGCCAUUUUGCACGUGAUGCCCUGUAAAGUUGGAUGGAUUUUGAUUGGCUGUCAGUCUUUUAUCGAUCAUGCGUUCUUAUGGACAAAAUCGCCCUCAAAGUGAUCCCAACGAUAUUGUUCGUCACUGACGUUGUCAUUAUAGUUGUGGUGAGGACCAUCCACGAUUUUCAAAAUGACAUUUAUAGUUAUUGUUACGGUUAUCAGUCUUGGUGUGGAUGAGCCUUUACCUCCAUAAACCCAGUGUUUAAGCCCGCCGCUAACACAACUGAUCAGCAAAUGCUGGCCUUCAAUCUGGACCGAGUAGUUGAAUCAGUUGUAUUGGGCCUGAGCUGUAUCUGUACCAUCGCUGGGCCAUUUCGGAUACAAAGUGCGAGUGAGGGUCUGUGUCUACUAGCGCCGGGAAACGCUGGGACGAUACGCCCCAAAACAACGCUUAGGUGAGCUGAGAGAAAAAGCGGUGCACGUGGGUUAUGUAUCUAUGACAACAUAUCACAUAAACAUUCUAACGUAUACCGGUAGUCUGAGCGCUGUGAAAAAAGUCGCCAGCUGCAGCGCUUUCGCGAGAGGCGGCUGCAUGCGGCCGCGUACACUCUCUCCCUAUGGCAAACAAUUGAAAAAAGACGCUGGCGCUCGUAAAAGGAAGCAUAGUGGACACGGGCGAUCAUAUUCAAAUUAUGUGGCGUUGCGACAGGUGCAUUCAAAGCCAGGCAAAAUGGACCUCAGAUAAGAGAUGCAAUAGGAUGGCUCUGACUGGGUCUUUUCUGAAGAGAAGGAACACAUGACACAAAAGGAAAUGAUCUCGUGGAGUUAUACAUUAUGUAAAUUCUAGUUAUUUCAAGCUACUUAAAAAAUGCUCUGCUUCUCUUCCCUGCAAUAAUACGCGUGUCUAUGAUGGAAGCGUGGAGAUUUCACAGUGCGUUCAAAAAGCCAUGGAUUUGAAGUAUAAUUUUUUCUCAGUUAAAUAUAUUUUGAAAACUAUAUUUUAUAUUUGAAUGAAAUGGACAAGGAGUGAAAUAGAGAAUAUAGAGUGGAGUGCGAGUAUGUUAGAAUUAGUGCAGACUCCUCUACCCUGCUGUCUAUUCUGUCUGUCUGAGUGUCUGUCCAUCUUCCACUGGCCAUCCAUGCUUGAAACAGGAAGUUGAUGUCACACAUUAAGGGAUGUAUUCUGUGGAGCUGUUCAUGAAAUCCUAUGCUGAGUCACCCUGAUGCUGCCCAGCCCAUUCUGAGGAUUUGUCAGUAUGAGGAAAACUUGUAUCAAUGAAUUCAACGUAUCAGUUCAUAUUUUGUAAGUACACUAUGAAAUAUUUCAGUUAUUUGCCACUUUCAUAUAAUCAGCUAAAUGCAGCUAUGCAGUAUAUUGUAGCGAUUCUACUUGCUGUGUAAAUAAUGAUAAUUUCUGUAAAAAAUAGGCCAGUUGAAGAAAUAUCUGGAUUCCGACACCUGGUACUUCUUGAGCACACGGGAUGGCAAAGUUUUAUAUAGGCUCAUAGUAUGUAAUGUUAAGUAUGUGCACCACACACCCAGCUAGUUCUCUGAUUAGCUUGGUACAUACUUACCCAAUUUCUGCAGCUAGCUGGCUAAUGCCAUGCUUGACCUUGCCGAAUAUAGCUACUGUAGCUUAUUUACUGAAAGAGCUGUAGUUGACUAUUAGAGAGCUAUUGUCAUGACAACAGGCAUUGGCGAAGGUGACAUCACUGCGGAGACUCUUCGGAGGUCUCUCUCUGACUCGGUGAGAGGCUCUGCCUUUUUAACUGGGUGGUGAUCGUCACAGGGCCUGUAGCAGGAGCCUUGGCUGUGGGCCCUGGCUGUAAUGAGGUCAUAAGUCAUAAUUUUCCUCCUUAGUAUUUUCCAGCUCUCUACAGUACUUUGCUCUGAAUGGAUGAGAAUGCAUAUGUGAAAGUGCCGCUGAUUGAUGUUACUUUACGUUAAAUAUUUACAGUGUAUUUUGACAUAUAUUGAAAAUGCAUUCCUCGCAUUACGGAUUUUAUAUUUUGACUUGGAUUAAAGGAAAAGGAAGUGGCAAGGCAGGAGUGUGUAUGAUGACAGAUCUGUAAACUUUGUUUCAAUAAAUGUCCUGUUACUCUG